GUUUCAAUUCCCAGAACACAAAAACAUAGAUCUGAGAGAGAGAGAGAGGGAAGGAGGAGAAACAAUGGUGCGGGGAACGUUGGAAGUGCUUCUCGUAGGAGCCAAGGGCCUCGAGAACACCGAUUUCCUAUGUAACAUGGAUCCCUACGCCGUUCUUGUAUGCCGCACGCAGGAGCAGAGGAGCAGCGUUGCAUCAGGAAAAGGAAGCGAGCCCGAAUGGAAUGAAAGUUUUGUGUUCACCGUCUCUGACAGUGUCUCAGAGCUCACUAUCAAGAUCAUGGACAGCGAUACUGGCUCACAUGACGACUUUGUCGGAGAAGCAACGAUUCCUUUGGAAGCACUGUUUCAGGAAGGAAGCCUCCCUCCAACUGCUUAUAAUGUGGUGAAGGACGAAGAAUACCGCGGAGAAAUCAGAGUUGGGCUCACCUUCACUCCGGAGGAAAAUUGCGACCGAGACUUCUCUGAGGAGAGUUAUGGUGGGUGGAGGGAAUCAUCUUGAGGAUGAAGAAGAGUGCGGUAUCCACCCACUCUCACGUUUAGUUUUGCUUAUGCAUGCUGGGAUUGUCAAGUUGUAAACGGCCGUAUGAGCUAUUACAAACGUAUUCGUGAACUUUUUAUAUUGUUUUGAGGACUAGUUUCGUUGGUACUGUUGAAUAAGCAAUUACUGCAAACUAUUUAAGGCCCAUUUGGUUUAGAUUCUGAAUAAGUAAUUUCUGUAUAAUUGAUUUUGGUUUGGAUAAUUGAUUUUUGUUAAAAGCUGUAAAGCGUUUGGCUGAAUUUGAAUAUAAAGCGAUUUUUCUGAA